AUGAUUAAGAGGAUAAGUUGUGUUGGGACAUCGACUAAAAAAGGCUCUGUGAAUCCAAAAGUUAGUAGACAGAAAAAUACAAUUUUAAAAGCCUUAAUUGAAAAAGUUACCAAAAUUAAGGAGAAAAAUAAAUUUUUUAACUGUAUUCCGUAUUAUGAUUAUCUCUUUGGUAAGUAUUCUUCUUUCAUUUCCAUUGAAGACUCCUUCGCACUUUUUUAUUUGCAAAACAAAGAUGGUUUUUUUAGUAAAAAAUUAAUGCAGCAUAUAUGUUCCAUAAUUAGCAACGCGUCCAUUCAUUGUCUACUAAAACUUGAAAUAAAGUAUAUAAUUAACCAUUUAUAUGAAUGUAACAUUUAUAAAUAUAAAUGUUUUUUUCAAAACGAGUACUACUAUUUUAUACAUAACAGUUUACUGUUAUGUUGCCUCCAGUUAUGCACACCUUCCGUUUUUGAGGAGAAACUUAAUGAAGAAGAACAAAAAAAAAUAAGACUAAAAAAUUUACAUAAAUUUUGUGAUGCAAGAAGGGAUCAUUUAAUCCAAUAUGAUAGGGAAAAUCAAAGUGAAAAAUUUAUAUUUUGUGAUAUGCACUUUUUAUCAAAAGUGUACAAGUGUUUCAUUGUGAACAACAUACAUCCAUUCCCCUUUUUCAAUAAAUACAUCUACUUAUAUUUAUGCAAACAUGUUUCGAGACCACAUUCGAAAUGUAUCACCUUCAGUUUGUUAUACAAAGAAUCCUCCUUUGCAUCAGUGCCAAAAAAAUAUUUGUUCAACGGUAAAAGUUGCAAUCUCUCAACAAUUCAUGAAAUUAUUAAAAUGCUUUUUUACCUGUCCAAGGGCGAUUUACAUUUUUAUUAUGAAUCUUUUAUAAAAGCAUACUUUUACAUCAUACUAGAUUAUCUGCAUCGAUUGAAUGAUGCACCCAUAGAAAAUUCAUUAGAAUCAUAUUUAAAAACUAAAAAUAAUAUUUCACAAAAGGAGGAAGAAAAUAUAGAUAACCUCAUAGUAAGCAUAGUAAAUUUCUUGUCUUCUUCAUAUAUAAUGAAGAAUAUAGAAAGGAAGAUUCCUGUGAUUAUGUUAUGCGCAUACACCUCUUUAGUGCUAUUUAAAAUAUUAUAUAAACGCCAUUUUUCAUACAUUAAUUGGUCCUCUUAUGAUUCGGUUCCAUUGGAACAUAUAAAAACACACCAUUUUAUUUUAGUAGCACAGAGGAGUAAAUCACAUUUGUUCAGAUUAUCAUUCAUCAAAAAGUGUUCAUUAUUGGUAUAUAUAAUAAACGACCUUAUUCAGAAUAUGCCCGAACAGUUUGCACAAAAAUACAGUAAAUUUAGCGAAGAAAUGAGCAACAUAUCAAAAAUAUGUAGCAACAACGAGCAAUUUGAUAUAUGCAUGCAGAUGAUAAAAAUUAUGAAUAACUAUACCAUCUACAGAAAUAUUUACCUAACAAAGGAUGCUUGCAGUGAUGAUAUUCUGAAAAGCAUAAACAUCAUCCUGACCAAAUUAUAUACAAAAAAGAACUUUAAUUUUCUUAACUAUGCCUACUACCCAUUUUUGAAAAUACUACAUUACUACACAUUUCUCCCAUACCAAGGAAAUAAAAAUGACAUGAAUUGGAACCACAAAAGAUCAGAGUUAGAAAAAGAAAUUUUUUAUUUUUUACAACACUAUUUAAGAAAACGAUUUCCCAAUUUUGCGUAUGCCUGUGAUGAAAAUAUUCAUACCCUGUUUUUCACAAUUGAUAUCCAAAUACGCAAAAUAACGAAAUGA